AUGGCCGGUCGAUUGAGCCCGAGGACCUUGUGCUCUUCUGAUAUGUCUCUUUUUGCUUUGUUAGAGACUAUCCGUACCAGUGGUCUCUGGUCCCGUCCUUGUGUUCUUGUGAAUCUUAUCGUUUUCAACAUAUUUGGGUCGCCUCAUCCGGCGUCCGAUCGGCACUUGUGUUUCGCGCCUCCUCGUCACGCGCGAGAUCGUUUUCUCUCCAUAGUUGGGGUUUUUUCUGCAGACACGCCAUUCCAGGUUCUCUUGGUGUAUGGUGAGGAGGAGGUGGAUGAGGUAGAGGUAGUGAGGGAGGAAGAAGAGGAAGAAGAGCUUUACCAACAAACCCUAAACCCUUGCAUUGCUGGCAUUUCCUUGUUAUCUAAUUCUAAGCUGUGGUCCACGUUUGGCUAUGGAAUACAGCUGCUGCUGCUCUACUCCCCCAACACCAUUCCAUUCCGGGGAACAAAAGAAAUAAAGAUGAGCUUCAAUGUUUACCUACCUCAUGGAAUUACAGCUUCUACCACCCGGCCAUUAACUUCUACAUCAGUAGCUUCCUUGGUUCCCUUCAAUCCCUUCAAGGUAAAUCAGCCCUGCGGAAGAAGAACUCUCUUUUCCUUCCUUGUGGCAACAGCAGCAGGACCGCAAGGCAGCGAUUCAAAAAAUGCACUUCUUCAAGAGUAUCAGAAGAGGUCAAGAGAGAACAAGGCAAAGUAUGACAAAGAGAGGCUGGAUGAUUAUUACAAUCGAAACUACAAGGAUUACUUUGAGUUUGUCGAAGGCUCUUCAAAGGGUAAAAGUGAGGAUUUACUCUCAGAAUCAGAGAAGGGCAUUCGCGAGUGGUUUCAGAGGAAUAAAAAAUAAUUCAAAGCAGCAAGUCGAGCGAAAUGGAUGCUGAAGAAGGUUAUUAAAAAAAUGAGUACAGAAAAAAAGGAAAACAAAUGAACCAAUGCUCCAUAUUACAAACUAUCAAGUAAGCUGUGAAGCUUUACAGCAUAUGCAGUUGUUGAUGAUUAACUCAUUACUUUCAUUCUACUUUCUAAAUUAUACAUUUUCUAAUUCUUCUUUUUAUUCAAAACAUUAAAAAAAA